AAAAAAAACACACAAGUUUAAAGUCUCUGCUGGGAAUCUUGCUCAGAUAUUCGCUCCUAGACAUGAUUAGGGGCGUUUCAACUGGUAUCUGUUGUAUUACUGGUAGUCUUGGUAUCCCAAACAAGGUAUUCAACUUUCUUGUAUCUCGGUCGAAAGUUUAUUUAACUCGUCACGAUACCCAAGUGCGACUGCUUUUCUCAAGGGGACAAUUCAAACGAUCGGCUGUUGUUGACAGAUUCCCCACCAAAUCACUUGUAGAUCACCAGCAACGUUAUUUCAGAAACUUUGAAAGAAAUCAAUCAAGUCUGUCGAAAAUGAGUCGCUACUUCUCACAAGGAGAGGGUACCAUGCAAGUCCCUAUGGAUCUUUUUGCUGUGAAUAGAGAUCGCCUUUGCAAAAGUUUGAGACAACUGCCUAAACUACAAAAGAACAGUGUUGUAGUAUUGCAGGGUGGUCAAGGAAUUCCUCGCUAUUGCACUGAUGUUGAAUAUGUCUUCCGUCAGGAGUCUUUCUUUCAUUGGGCCUUUGGUGUCAUAGAGCCUGAUUUUUUUGGUGCCAUUGAAGUAGAGUCUGGAACAUCUCAUCUCUUCAUUCCGAAAUAUCCAGAGGCUUAUGCUGUCUGGAUGGGCAAGAUUUUUAACUGUGAUCAUUACAAGCAAAAGUAUGGAGUUGACCAUGUUCAUUAUGUUGAUGAGAUGGCAGUGAUAUUGGAAAAUGCCAAAGCAGAAAUAGUUCUCACAGUAAAAGGCAUGAACACGGACAGUAAUCUGUGGACCCGUGAAGCCGUGUUUGAAGGAAUGAGCAAAUUCAAAAUUGAUAACGAGUUGCUUCACCCUGUCAUCGUCGAAUGUCGCGUAAUCAAAACUUCGAUGGAGUUGGACGUUCUUCGCUACGCCAAUAAGGUUUCUUCAGCCGCCCACAUUGCUGUGAUGAAGGCUGUUCGGCCAGGCAUGAAAGAAUAUCAGUGUGAAUCAGUAUUUCUUCACCACUCUUAUUUCCAUGGUGGAUGCCGUCAUGUCUCUUAUACCUGCAUAUGCGGAUCUGGGGAGAACGGAAGUGUACUUCAUUACGGUCACGCUGGAGCGCCCAAUGAUAAGCAAAUUCGUGAUGGCGACAUGUGUCUCUUUGAUAUGGGGGCGGAGUAUUAUUGUUUCGCUUCCGAUAUUACUUGUUCCUUCCCGGCCAAUGGCAAGUUUACCGACCGCCAAAAGGGAAUCUACAAUGCCGUAUUGGAAGCUAGUCGGGCCGUUAUUGCUCACAUUAAACCAGGCGUCAGCUGGAUUGAUAUGCAUUUGCUGGCGAAUAGGGUGAUGCUGAAGCAUUUGAAAGAGCACGGUUUACUCCAAGGAGAUGUCGACGACAUGAUGAAGGCAAACUUGGCGGCUACGUUUCAGCCCCAUGGUCUAGGCCAUUUUAUGGGCCUUGAUGUUCACGAUGUUGGUGGAUAUCUUGAGGGCCAUCCUGCUCGUCCAGAGAAAGCUGGCCUGAAAAGUUUAAGAACAGCUCGUGUUCUCCAACCAGGAAUGGUAUUGACUGUUGAACCAGGAUGUUAUUUCAUAGACCGAUUGUUGGAUCAAGCUCUGGAAGAUCCCGAACUUUCUAAAUUCUUGAUUAAAGAAGCCGUAGCAGAGCACAGGGGAUUCGGUGGAGUUCGUAUUGAAGACGAUAUUGUCGUCACAGAGACGGGAGUCGAAGUAAUGACUGAAGUCCCUAGAAGUACUGAGGAAAUCGAAGCUACCAUGUCCGUAAAAUGUUAAGUGAUCACAACGUAUUAAGUAUACUUAUACCCUUAUACAGCUUAUAAUAUCGGCGAUUCAAUUUUAUGUUUAUCAAUGCAGAAACUUAUCAUUACCCCUUAUUUUUUUACUAUCUUUGGUUAGUUGGUUAGCAUGUAAUAUGUAAAAGGGGAAAAAAUAAUAAAAAAAGUGAAAGAUUGGAAA